UUUAUAAUCAGCAUAACUCUGCGCAUGCCAUUAGCGUGACCAUAGUAACACCCACACAUGCAGUAUAACAGCCUUGUCAGUCUUCACUCAGUGGUGCAAUAGGCUAUGGAUAAUGAACCUUCUGCUGUCAACCAGACUGAUGAUCACACUAGUGGUCCCCACGAUCAGUCCACAUACUCGGCUGCCAUUUUCUUCUUGUUUAUAGCUUUUGCUGUUGGAGCUGCUGUGAGACAUUUGUUAAAGAACACAUCACUACCAUACACAGUCGUCCUGAUAGUACUUGGCAUGUUAAUUGCUGGCGUAACAAGCUGGCCUCCUUUAGCCUUCAUCGAUCUCUAUUUACAAAUUGCUCAUCUUGAUCCACACCUAAUGUUAAUCAUCUUCUUACCGACCCUCAUUUUUGAGAGUGCAUUUGCACUUGACGUUCACACAUUCAAGAAAAUGAUAGGACAAGCGAUUGUGCUGGCCGGCCCGGGGCUUCUAGUCUCUUCUUUUCUAUUAUCAAUACUAACAAGAUACAUCUUUCCCUAUCAUUGGUCGUGGACCGUGUCUAUGCUAUUCGGAACGAUCCUGAGUGCGACGGAUCCUGUCGCUAUAGUUGCUCUUUUGAAGGAAAUAGGGGCAUCAAAGCAGUUAGGGACCAUUAUUGAGGGUGAAUCGCUCCUUAACGACGGUGCAGCCAUAGUCUUGUACAACGUCUUGAUAGAUGAGCUAAUUCCUGGUAGAGGAAGAGAUGCUAUACAGAUAUUUCUCUACUUUUUACGGGUUGCUGUAGGCGGGCCAGUUUUUGGAUAUUUGAUGGCAAAAGUAUCCAUAUUCUGGCUCUCCCGUGUCUAUAAUGAUGCGCUAGUCGAGAUAUCUAUCACGCUAGUAUCGACUUAUGUUACGUAUUACGUAGGAGAAAAUUUACUCCAAGUCUCUGGAGUAUUGGCAGUUGUUGCUUUAGGAUAUGAAAUAAACUCAAGAAAAACAAACAUAAGUCCAGAAGUUGAAGUAUUCCUACACAGGUUUUGGGAAGUCUUGGGGUAUCUUGCCAACACACUUAUCUUCAUAAUCGUUGGCAUUGUCAUUCGUCAGAAUGCUUUUCAAGGCGUGAAUGGAACUGACUGGAUAUUGCUCACUGGUCUUUAUUUUGGAAUAAUAUUAAUAAGAAUGGUCGUAACUGUGGCCUUUUUCCCACUCAUCAAUCACAUCGGCUACUCGAUGAGCAUAAGAGAAAUAAUAGUCAUAGCUUGGGGCGGUUUAAAGGGAGCUGUGAGCCUUGCUCUGGCUUUAUCGGUGGCAGAGACAACAGCUAUCAAUUUCAGUACAGUCGGAAGCAAAGUCCUGUUUCACACAGCUGGCAUAGUAAUGCUCACUCUAGUAAUUAAUGCAACGACGACUAAGUGUCUACUGAAUCUACUUGGAAUGAGGAGGAUAUCCCUUGCGAGAAGUAAGACUGUUUCGACCGCAGUUGAAGAGAUUCACGACACAAAAAUGCGAGCAAUAUCACUCCUCAAGGCUGAUAGAUUCCUUGCCGAUGCUGAUUGGGACAUUGUUGGUAAAUGUGCAGAGAUACCAAACCCGUAUAAGAAGUCUGGAUUAGCUUUUAUAGGGGGGAGCAACCUACUUCCUUGUAAGAUAACUGAUCAGACUGCAUUGGACACUGAUGAUACUCAGAAUGAGCAUAGUGAAAUAAUGGAAGAAAUAAGGAGAUUGAUUGUAAAGAGACAGAAAACUAGUUAUUGGCAUCAAUUUGAGCUUGGGAUGCUAAGCAGGGAAGCUGCAAGAGUAUUGAUCAACCUUGCUGAUACUGUCCUUGAUAUUCCUGAAAGAUUAAUUACAAUUGAUGAUAUUUCACCACACUGGAGCAUUCCCAGGAUAUACCCAAAGAUAAAUCAACUCGUUGACUGGGUGGUCAGGAACAAUGCUCAGAUAGUCCCUCUGCCUACUAAUGCAUUUUUGAAAUUAUUUUACAUCAUCGCCAAGUCAUCUUAUCUCGAAUGGCUUGUUAUAGCUGCUAUCAUAAUGAAUGUCACACUCUCUGUCACUGAAAUAACAGUGAUGUAUCAGUUUAGUGCAACGGAUGUUGUAUUUCUCAUUUUUAAAAUUCUCAACGCCAUAUUCUGCUCUGUUUAUCUGCUGGAGUCGAUAAUAAAAAUUAUUGGUUUGAGGCAAUAUUACUGGAAAUCGAAAUGGAGCUAUCUCGAACUGUUGAUAUUACUAAUAAUAAUGAGCGAAGUCAUUGUCUCUGAGUUGUAUUCUUCAAGUGCAACCGUACGAAUAGUCCUCAGAACUUCGGCUCUUAUAUUUUUGCUACGUUUCAUACAAGCAAAGAAAACCGUGCUUCCCCUGAUAUUGAAAAUGAUUGGCUAUUUUGCCAAUAGACAUUUGAGAGUUGGCUACGACAUUGGCCGUGGUUUCGUUGUCGGCGAAGAAGACGUCCUCUCACAGUUCGAAAGCUUCAAACACAUCGACGACUCAAUUGCUUUAAAAUUUAAAAAAGCAAUCGAAGAGACCAGACUCUGCGUCAUAAGGAGCCUUGGACUUAUAAGGAAAGAAUAUCCAGGAAUAGCUUUAUCUAUAAAGACGCAUCACGCGACAAGGGCAGUGUUGAAUAAUUGUCAAGAAACUGUAAAAACACAACUAAGCAAUGGGUUGCUUGAUGAAACUGAUGCAGCUAAACUAAUGAUGCUAAUUGAGAAAAAGGAAAAAUCCCUUGAAAAUACGCAAGCAAGUCUACCCACUCCUUGCCCAGAGACGCUCUUCUCUCAGAUAUCCUGGCUCAAUGGUCUGAGUCCUGAUGUUAUUGCUAAUCUGAGAAAGUGUGCUACAAUAGAGCAGUUUGACACUGAUGACAUUCUCAUUGAGAAGAACGAGCCUUUGACUGGAGUUUUUAUUCUUAUUUCUGGACUUGUUAAAUCUGUAGCAACUGCACUAACUGAUCAAGGGCCUGAAGAAAUUAUUAUCGAUUUCUAUGGACCUGGAGAUAUACUUGGAGAACUAGGAAUGAUCCUUAAUAUCACUAAGCACUCUGAGAUAGGAUUUGUCUGUGAAACAGAUAUACAAACGUUUUUCAUUGAAUGUGACGAUUUGCUUAGGAUAAUGGACCAGUUUCCUAUACUACAGGAAAGACUGUGGAAGAUUUAUGGAACUAGAAUAGCACCAUCUCUACUGGAGAACAUGCCUCAAUACCAAAGUUUUACUGUCAACAUGCUCUCCAAUAUGUGUGAGAACUCUUACAUUGCUCAACCUAUUCCCAGCAAACCACUGCCACAGAUCAUUGAUAUCACAGAUGAGAUGAGAGAAGUCAUUGUGAUACAUGAUGAGGUUCACUGCAAUAUAACGCUAAGAGCUUUCAAAGCACCAAUUGUUAUACCCAAAAGAAUACACCAUGUCACAAUGGAGACAUACAAACCAAGACUACUAGUAAUAUUAAAUGAAGAUCAUCAACUGGUAGCUAAUAGUGGGGCAGUUGUUGAAGAAGAUGGCAGCGAAUCGAAUAUUGUUUAUAAAAUAUUGAACAGGUUGUUUGGUAAUAGACGUAAUGUUAUCUUCACCGAAGAUGAAGGAGGACUGAUUAGGAACCCUGGAGCAUCUGAUGCCAUGAUUAAUCAGCAUAACCCAAGACAACAACUGACUGAAGAGCCAAUGAAUAAUGAAGACACUAAUCACCAGCAACAUCAAAAUGACAAUAAUAAUAGUAGGCACACCAGAACAGUUUCUGAAGCAAAUGAAAGUAAAGAAGUACACAUAGUGAUACCAGAAAUAAGAACAACUGAUUCUGAACUGAUACGGAGUCGAAGUGCUCUAGUUCUAUCAAGAGGAGACUUGGCAUCAGUAUCAAGACUAAGUAUGCCAGCCAGACUACCAUCAAGAGAAGAGCUGAGCAACAGUAAUCUUACUAAGCCAGUAAUAGCUAAAGAAUCAUCUAAUCAGAGCACCAAUGCAUUACCUGUUGUGUGUAGAUCAAAGACAUUAUUUGAUCCUACUCCAAGAGGUGGAUCAACAAUAGGAAUUGAAGUACAUCAUCAAGUAAGAGAUUCCUUAAUAUCAGGCAGCCCUGGGAUGGCAAAAAGAGAGACUGUAAGAGGACAAAUGGAAGACGCUACUCGACAUGAUUUUAAGGAACAAGCUACACAGAAAUUAAGCCUUGAUAUGACAAGGUUGCAAGUACCAACAGUGAAAAGAGAGAGGAGUAAAAGAGGAGUCAGAGGACAUCUUGUAACUAGAGACACUAUAGGAGAUGAAGAUCAACUGACAUUUGGUGUUCCAUCAAUCGGCAUCGCAUCAAAUGAACAUGAGAAUGAUAAUAUUCCUAGAGAUAUUCAUCAAAGUGAAGUUAAAGAUUCUGAUGCUACAAAUCAAGACAUUAAAGGCAGUGAUAGGGUACAUCAUUAUUCAGAAUCAGAUGAAGAGAAAAGGCUUAAAGAAGAGAAGACAACAGAUCAUGAUCAUUUCUUAAAACAAAAGGAAUCAAAACCAACAGAAGAAAUACAAUUAUUAUCAAUCCCAGUGGUAACAAAAGAAGAGGAUAAAGAUGACAAAACCCAAGCUAAACUUACUAAAGAGCAUAAAACUGAUAAAAUACAAGCUAGAAUUCCACCACCAUUAAACAAAAGUGGAGAGCAACAGAAAACAAGAAAAACUGAGAGUACUGCAGAACAAGCCACAAGAAAAAAACAAGGGCAUAGAGAGAAAGAGACAAGAAUGAGUGGAACAUUAGCAGAAGUACAUGUACAUGUAGCACCAGUCAAAGGAGACGGAGGAGAGAAAGGAGAAGAGCCAACAUCUGUGUCAACAUUACAAAGCACUUACUCACAUCAAGUGAAUAGAAAAAGAACUUCUGUCAAAGCUAGAAAAAUGCACAAACCAAAACAAAAAUAGACAAACACACACACACACACAAAGAGCUUGCACAUAGUUACAUGUAUACACACAGCUGCUGGCUGCUGCUUUAACAUUGUUUUUUUUGUCAAAUUAUUGCAAACAAAAA